AUGGCAUCCGCAGCCGCAGCCCCGCUGCCUCCAACCGCGGAUAUAGAGAAAGAUGCAGUGGUACAAGAUCUCCCUGUACCAAAGGGCAAAGUAGCAGAGAAACUCCUCAAGCACUCUCACGAUGCCGACACAGCCAUGAAAGCCUUUGAAGGCAUGCAAGGCCAAGUCAUCGAACUCACCGAGGAGAAGAAAAAAGCUUUGUUAAGGAAAAUUGAUUGGCAUUUGAUGCCUAUCAUGUGCCUCGUCUACGGCCUCAACUACCUGGACAAAACAACUCUCUCCUACGCCAGCAUCAUGGGCCUCAAACUCCCUCCUUCAGACAACCCCCUGAAAUCCGGUAUCAAUCUCACAGGCGACCAGUAUUCCUGGCUCGGAAGCAUGUUUUACUUUGGCUACAUAGCGUGGGAGUAUCCGACGUCGAGGUUGUUGCAGGUGUUGCCCUUGGGCAAGUAUUCCGCCUUUAAUAUUAUAAUCUGGGGCAUCAUUCUCUCCUGCUUCGCGGCUGUGUCGAAUUUUUCGGGAGCGGUGGCUAUUCGGUUUUUCCUGGGUGUCUUUGAAGCUGCUGUAACUCCUGGCUUCGCUCUCUUCACAUCCCAAUGGUACACAACUGCCGAGCAAGGCUCCCGAACCGCCAUCUGGUUCAGCUUCAACGGGUUCGCGCAAAUCUUCGGUGGGUGCCUCGCCUACGGCAUCGCUGUCGGGUGCCGCAAACUCGGUACCUCGAUUGAACCCUGGAAGAUUGUCUUCUUAACCACCGGCCUGCUGACGACGUGCUGCGGCGUGGCUUUUCUGUGGAUAGUACCUGAUAACCAGCUCAAUUGUCGGUGGUUGAGCGAGGAGGAUCGCGUGUUGGCGGUUGAGCGGAUACGAGUGAAUAAGCAAGGGGUGGGGAAUCGGCAUUUUAAGUGGUAUCAGUUGAAGGAGGCGUUGAUGGAUCCGUUGAGUUGGGCGUUUUUCUUUUAUGCGUUGAUUGCUGAUAUUCCGAAUGGCGGCAUCUCAAACUUCUUCUCCCAACUCAUCGUCGGCUUCGGUUACACACCCGAGCAAUCCCUCUUAUACGGUACCCCGGGCGGCGCCGUCGAAAUCGUCUUCCUGAUUGCCUGUGGCUGGGCCGGCGAUAAAUACGGGAACCGCAUUCUCAUCUCUAUGAUUGGCCUGCUUACUGCUAUCCUCGGCAUGCUACUCAUUGUCGCCUUACCGCUGACUAGCAACUCGGGGCGCCUCGCAGGAUACUAUCUCACGCAGGCGAGUCCCACACCGUUUGUGGCGCUCUUGAGCUUGAUAGCGAGUAACGUGGCGGGGUAUACGAAGAAGACGAGUGUAGCAGCUAUGUUUUUGAUUGGGUAUUGUGUUGGGAAUAUCAUAGGCCCUCAAACAUUCCGCCCAUCAGACGCUCCCCGCUAUGUCCCCGCUGAAGUCACAAUCAUCGUCUGCUGGGGCGUAUGUCUCGGCAUCCUCGCCUUCAUCCAUUUCUACUGCGUGCGUCAGAACAAGAAGAAGGCGCUGAUUCGAGCGGCGCCCGAUUAUGUCAAGUUGGAGAAUCAGGAAUGGCUCGAUCUCACCGAUAGAGAAAACCCGGAAUUCAUAUAUACACUGUGA